AUGGCAUUCAAAGUUAUCGCUAUUCUUGCAUUCGCUACCAUUGUAUCUGCUGGAGUAUACCAUCAUGAAGGAGCUCAUCAUGCAUCAGGUCAUUAUGCUGCUGCUGAUCAUCAUGAACAUCAUGAUGAUCUUAGUGCACCACAACCCUACGAUUUUAAAUAUGGUGUACAUGAUAGUCAUACCGGUGAUGUUAAAGAUCAACAUGAAAGUGGUGAUGGACACGGUAAUGUUCAUGGGGCAUACAGUUUAGUUGAUGCUGAUGGAUUCAAACGUACAGUUAAAUAUACAGCUGAUGAUCAUAAUGGAUUUAAUGCUGAAGUUCAUCGUGAACCUUUAGGACAUGCUCAUGUACCUGCAGCACCAGCACCAGCUGUAUAUGUUCAUGAUGCUCAUCAUCAUCAUUAG